AUGGUGGUCACAAAAGAGACAAUAUUGCUGCAAGAUAGAUCCGUGACUCAUGGUUGGUGGGGAGUAGUCAACCAUGACAUCGUGGACGACGGGAAAGAGUCUAUGCGGCGGGUCACACUCGAGACCGAGCCUGGAGUGGAGACUCAGUGGGUCUAUGAUAUCCCUCCAGAGGAGGCAGCAGCACUUGCGAGUAUUGUUGAGGAUAUCCCUGAGGACGUUGUCUCUAUCCAAGCCAAAGACUGGCUCAGCCCCGAGUAUCCUUUGAUCUACAAAGUGGCCCUUCCCAUUCCCCCGAUCAAGCAGCCGACAAAGACAUUUACCAACCCCGUCUCGGGCAACGAUAUCCAAUACUAUGAGAUUGAGAUAAAGCCGUUCACCCAAUCUGUGUACCCAAAUUUGCGUCUCGCAAAUCUGGUCGGAUAUGACGGAAUGUCUCCGGGGCCGACGUUCAUGAUUCCUCGUGGAACAGAGUCUGUUGUCAGAUUCAUCAACAAUGCUGCAACCCCUAACUCAGUCCAUUUACAUGGAUCCUACUCCCGGGCGCCUUUCGACGGCUGGGCAGAGGAUGUAACGGCCCCCGGAGAAUUCAAAGAUUACUAUUACCCCAACCAACAGAAUGCGAGACUGCUGUGGUACCAUGAUCACGCAGUUCACGCUACUGCCGAAAAUGCUUAUUUCGGCCAAGCUGGCGCUUACAUCCUCACUGACCCUGCCGAGGAUGCACUGAAUCUGCCUUCAGGAUAUGGCAAAUAUGACAUCCCACUCAUUCUAUCAGCCAAACAGUACAACUCCGAUGGCACAUUAUUCUCUACUGUCGGGGAAACAGAUAGUCUUUGGGGCGAUAUCAUCCACGUGAACGGGCAGCCAUGGCCAUUCCUGAAUGUCGAGCCGCGGAAAUACCGUUUCAGGUUUCUGGACGCAGCUAUUUCCAGGUCUUUUGCUCUAUACUUUGCCCUGAGCUCAAACACCAAUGGCAAACUGCCAUUCCAGGUAAUUGCCAGUGACGCCGGCCUGCUCGGUAGUCCAGUUCAAGUUUCUGAUCUGUACAUCUCAAUGGCUGAACGCUACGAGAUCGUCUUUGACUUCUCAGCCUACGCCGGUCAAGCUGUUGAGUUGCGAAACCUCCCAAAGGCAGGAGGGAUCGGAACGGAUGACGACUAUCUCAACACAGACAAGGUUAUGCGCUUUAUAGUGUCAUCCACACCAGUUGAAGAUACCUCGUCUGUGCCGGACUCGCUCCGCCCAUCAAUCCCAUUUCCCGUUACAGACACACCGAACACAAUCAAUCAUCAUUUCCGCUUCCACCGAUCAAACGGUGAAUGGCAGAUCAACAACGUUGUUUUUGCGGACGUUGAGAAUCGGGUUCUGGCAAAAGUUCCGAGAGGCACAACAGAGAUCUGGGAGCUCGAGAACUCCAGCGACGGCUGGUCACAUCCCAUCCAUGUUCAUCUUGUCGACUUUCGCGUCCUUGCAAGGACGGACGGCAACCGAGCUGUAAUGCCGUAUGAGGCGGCUGGGCUCAAAGAUGUGGUCUGGCUUGGUAGGGGAGAGACUGCGAUAGUAGAAGCACACUAUGCGCCCUGGGACGGAGUCUACAUGUUCCAUUGCCACAACUUGAUCCACGAGGAUAAUGACAUGAUGGCUGCAUUCAACGUCACCGCGCUUACUGACUGGGGUUACAACGACACCACGACAUUCUUGGACCCGAUGGAGUCCGAGUUCAGGGCAAAAGCAUUCGGUACGGGAGACUUUCAAGCCAGAACUGGCUUAUUCAGCGAUGAAGCCAUUGCCGCAGCGGUGAAAACGCUAGCUGAAGAAGACCCGUACAGCCAUGUGGCAGACGUCAACGACGCUCUGGACAAUUACUGGAAGGGGCAGGCUGCUAGUACAGCUGGUGAUGCGCAAACAUCUGUCAGAAGUGAGACGGGCAAAGACGCAAGGCCGAUCACUCGUUACAGACGGUUUCAGGCAUGA